UUCUUUUGUGUGAAUAACAUUACUUUUCUACUAAAAAUACUCAAUAAAAGCAAGUGCCUUAAUUACUUGUUUCACCGGCACUGUUGUUGUUACAAAUUUACUACCACUCUCCUCCCUCCAAAAAUCUCUAACAAUGGCGCUUCACAUUCUAACAUUCACCGCCGCAGCAGUUCCAUUUCCCUCCAAAAUAUUUAAUCAUUCAAUCCAACCCAAAAUCCCUCUCCAGUUUCACUUCUCAACGAGGCAUGCACUUGUCAGUUCAACACAGCCUCAGAAAUAUGUCUAUCCUGACCCAAUCCCUGAAUUUGCUGUUGCUGAGACACAGAAGUUCAAGGCUGAGCUAUUGAAGAAACUGUCCAAAGAAAAGGAGACAUUUGGGGACGAGCUUGAUGAUGUUGUUAGUGUUUGUGCUGAGAUUUUUAAUGAAUUCUUGCACAAAGAAUAUGGAGGACCCGGGACACUACUGGUGGAGCCUUUUACUGAUAUGAUGGUAGCUCUCAAGGAGAGGAAACUUCCAGGAGCGGCAUUGGCUGCGCGAGCAUCAUUAUUGUGGGCUCAAAAUUAUGUUGAUCAGGAUUGGAAGACCUUGGAACUCAAAACAACUAAGACAAUGAAAACGGUCAUUUUUCCUGCAUACGUCGGUCAAUAAUCAUGGCUAAUCUUUAGAGUUGCUGUGCUAGUAAAAG